AUGCUCGCUGAAUCUCUAACAACGGAUGGAAAUUGGGACGAGGAUACAGAUGAGGAUACAGAUGAGGAUACAGAUGAGGAUACAGAUGAGGAUACAAAUGAGGAUACAGAUGAGGAUACAGACGAGGAUACAGACGAGGACAGAAACAAGGGAUUUAACAAGAUGAUCAGUUACGGAGUAUCCGGUCAGUAUCUCGGCCUUUAG